AUGCUCACCGCUGUUACCGAGUUAUACACCCGCCUGCCAAGUGAUGUCGAAAAGCGCAAAGCCUGGAUUUACGAGGUGCCUCUUCCUGCUGUUCAUCACCUUCGUGAGGCCCUCAAUGCCGUGCCUUUGGACGACCCCGUUCCGCAAGAGAUCUUUGCCAAGUAUGAUGCUGCUGUCAUUGCUGCCACGAUUAAGCUAUGGUUGCUUGAGCUCGACCCACCAGUAGCAUUAUGGGAAGGAUGGGAUGAAAUUAGAAAGCUAUAUCCAGCGGUUGGAGCUGCGGCGAAGUCCGAGAAUACCGAAACAGAGACUCAACGCGUUUCUGACCUUGGUCUGGCCCUCCUACGACUACCCAAGGUCCAUCUUUUUGUGCUGGAUGCUAUCAUCAGUCAUUUGCGCAAUCUCAUCGACACCACUACGGCUGAGGAGACAGAAGAGGUUUACAUCACUAAAUUGGCCCUUUCUAUUGGACGCACUCUUAUCAGGCCCAAAUUUGAAUCUGAGCUCUCCAUUCAAGACCGCCAUCCGACUUUAAUGUUUAUUGACUUGCUUAAGAACCCGACGAUGAUCCGCGAUACUAUCUCCAAGAAGAAAAGGGAGUCGGAGCGCAAGGUUCCCUUGCGAAAGCGGACGGCUCCCAUUGAUAUGCGGCUUAGUCGAAGCAGAAUUUCCGUUGGGGCCGAUACAAAGCAACUCUUGGCUGCUCAACAAUCCCGCCUGUACCGCCACCUCUUGUGGCCAAACCCCCCGCCUCCGCCACCUCCUCCUAUCCUCGCACCUACUCCAUUUGUUGCCCCCCCUCCCCCGCCUGUGAUCGCGCCAACUCCGUUUGUGCCGCCACCGCCACCACCUGCUUUACCCACCGUGACAGAUCGCCCCGUUUUCAAGGAACCACCGCCUGAAACUGAUGACGAUGACCUUCCACCAAGGCCAUCGUUCAAAGAGCCUCGUCCAUCUUCGCCAGAUGCGACUCCACCCAGACCCAAGUUUGUAGACCCUCCCGCCGAACCAAUGUCGCCCACGAGAGGUGUUGCUUCUCCCCGCAGCGGAUCACCCGCUAUCGAGGACCAAAACAAAACCUCACUCUCUCGCUCAUCAUCUGGCCAGGCUGUCAGGGGGCCCCGUGGUGCGCGCGGGCCUCGCCCCCCGAGCAGUGGAAGCGUUUCAAGCAUUGUUUCCAAUCUAAACCGCAAGAAUUCGAUUGGCUCUUCACCGACCAGUCCCAACUAUAAACGCAACUCUGGUAGCCCCGGAAGGCCUUCCAGUGUUCUUGGCCGGUCUGCCGCAUUCUCAACACGUACGAUGGAGUCGGACGCUGAAGACAACCUCGUGGAUAAGAAGUAG